AUGAAGAACUGCCGAUACUGCCACAAGACCUUCUCCAAGUCGGAACAUCUCCUGCGUCAUGAACGAUCUCACACCGGGGAGAGGCCAUACCAGUGUAACAAGUGCCAACGGCGGUACGCGCGGAGCGAUGUGCUGCUCCGACACACCAAGUUCUUCCAUGGCCCAGACAAUCUCCCGAAUGGCACCCGUGCAGACUUGAGGGCGAUCGCCGCCCAGGACAGCCAACACUCUCCCAAGGCUGGCCAGGGCCAAGGUCCCGUUAGUACAGGUAGUACAGAGACUGAUGAUGAUGAUGCCUCGCCGCCGGCGCAGGAAGCCAUGCCAGUGCACGUAGAGGAAGCACCCGUCGCCGCCAACCUCGACGCGCUGGCCACGGCCUCGAUGCUCCACGCUCACCCACAAGGACUAGACGAACCGCGAGACACGACGCUGCAACCAACCUUGCAUGGACGUCGCCAUGAUGACCGCCAACAUCCGCCACUUCCAGAACCUGCGGUGCGACAAGACUCCGUCGCCCCUAACCUGGCUGCGGCGCAACCUCACAACGUCGACAAAGGCCCCGGCUUUCGAGCCCAGGACCAGGCCGUUCUGCUUUCAAGUGGUGGCGGCGUCGACGAACUCUUACAUCCCUCCUUCCUGAUGGGAGAGAUAUCAUCCACCAGUGAUGUAGACCUGACCAGUCCCACUAGACUCACUCAGCCAUUAGUCGACCCCGUCUACUCCCAUUCAACCGACCUUCAACUGUACGAAGGCGCCUUUGACCUUUUCAAUAACUGCAGCAAUAACAACAGCUAUCACCUCCACUACUUUGACUAUAUGGACUUUGCCAUCGACAGCUACUUACCCUCUACGGCGUCAAGGUCGCAAACUUCCAGCUCGGACUGUGCUAGCAGCAUCCCUGCCGAGCGGUUCGCUCACGUUGCGCGGUUGUGGCCACAGACCGGCUCGUCCUUGGCAGACGACCAAGCGGCCAAGCUAUGGGCUGAGGUAGUGGCCUACAAGGGCGACAACAUCUUGACGGACACGUCCAUCGCGGAAACCUCGCUGGCCCCGUCCGUCGGUAGGGAGAAUGAAUCGACGUGGGGACUGGACGAGGACAAACGUCAAGACAUGAUGCGCGAGGUUGCCCUGGAUUUCCCCCCAUCACAGGGUGGCGCCAGCUGCCCAGGCUUUCCAGGGACGCGGCUGCUCAAUCUCGGCCUCGAUGUUGUUUUCCGCCAGUCCCAGUCCCUUCUCAUCUGUAUACAUCGGCCUACUUUCUCGGCAAAGUCGGCACCGAACCUGGUCAUCUGGUCGUUUUGCCUUCUAGGGCUCAUACUCCUCGACUCGAAGCAAGUGCGCGCACUCGCACUGCACUUCCUGCCGGUGGCAACCCAGAGAUGCUGUGGUAACCUGGCCACGCCAUGCUUCGGCCCAGGUGGCUCGGCGAAGCUCAUCGCCCACUUGACCUCCGCGACGGUGCUCCUGAAAGCCUGGAAGAUCUGCCCACCUCGUUGCAGCCAGCACGAGUCGCUGAUUCGAAUGUUGUACACUCAAGCAAUUUCACUUGCCCAAACAUCGGGCCUGUUUGCCGCGCGGCCUGCUUCCCCAAGUAUGAUCGAUCUUCUAAAACAAGUAAGCCCGCGGGGCGGACAUGAGAGUCGACUUACGAGUGACGACACCCUGUGGAAGGCUUGGGCGCGAAUGGAGAGCGUCAAACAGCUCAUUGCCUCGCUGGCGCUGAUAGAUGCCUGGCUGGCGCAUAGGCUCUGUGAGCCGCCGCUCAUUCGCGAUCCUACCGUGCGAUUCGAGCACCCCUGCUCCGCGGAAUUGUUCCAGUCUUCCUCGGCCAGAGCAUGGAAGCGACUUAUCGACGGUGGAGCCAGCAUCGGCAGUGGAUAUAUCGUGAUUCGUAUGCAUGAAUUGGAGAUUUGCCUUGCAGAAUCGCCGAAUUUCUCGUCCGAGGGUGUUAUCGGGCUGCUCUCUAUCAUCUGGAUCCGUAUCCUCGAAGCGCGUCGUCACAUGGUCAAGACACCCUCUGCCGGCGGUCACACACUCGGUAACGCGCCUUGCAGGGUUUUUGUAUCAGACGAGACGGGGAGACUAAUGUCACGAACAUUGGGCGAGGUCUACAUCGCACACGAGAGGUUUCUUAGGUUCAAGAACCCCAACUGCAUCACAAUGUGGCACUUUCUAAAUCUACACCUCUUUGCCAACCUGGACGUGUUUGAGCUUGCUGCUGGACAAAGGGGGGCUGACAGCGCACACGAAGCCUUGCAGGCCAUCGCCCUCUGGAGCCAGACCUGGUACUCGCGGCGGGCGUGCCUCCAUGCGGCCGGUAUCUUCGCGGCCAUGGCCCGCCGGGGCCUCAACGACGGCACCGCGCUCCACUCGGAGGCGUCCAUCUUCGCAGCGGCGCUAGUUCUAGGACUCUACGUAUUCAUGAUGCCCACGAACCGCGACGACUCUAGCGGCCCGCGCCAGGACGUCGAGCCGUACGAGUUUCUUAGCGAGGUAGACUGGGCUGCACUGGGGGGCGACUGGGGCGCGUCUCCGUUGUUUACGCCUUCGUCCGUUGUCAGCGACAACCAGGAAAGCGCCGUCAGCCGUUUUGUCUGGACUGGUGGUGUGGUCAGUUUCUCGGGCGUCAUCCUCGAGGGCGGGUAUAAUGCGGCCAAAAGAAUCCUGCUGGAGUUUGCCAGCCUGCUGGAAGACGUAGGAAAGUGGAAAGCGAAAGGGUUCUCUCAUGUCCUGAAAAUCUUGAGUGACUCGCUGCUCGACAUGGAGGAUCAGACGGACGGGAACUGA